AUGAGGACGUGGAGACAUGGAGACAUGGAGACACGGAGACGUGGAGACGUGAGGACGUGGAGACAUGGAGACGUGGAGACAUGGAACCAGAGAGUCGACCCCCUGCCCUCCAACCAUCGGGACUCGACCCCCUGCCCUCCGACCAACAGGAGUCGACCCUCUGCCCUCCGACCAACGGGAGUCGACCCCCUGCCCUCCAACCAUCGGGAGUUGACCCCCUGCCCUCCGACCAUCGGCCUCCGACCAACGGGAGUCGACCCCCUGCCCUCCGACCAACGGGAGUCGACCCCCUGCCCUCCAACCAUCGGGACUCGACCCCCUACCCUCCGACCAACAGGAGUCGACCCUCUGCCCUCCGACCAACGGGAGUCGACCCCCUGCCCUCCGACCAUCGGGAGUCGACCCCCUGCCCUCCAACCAUCGGGAGUCGACCCCCUGCCCUCCGACCAUCGGCCUCCGACCAACGGGAGUCGACCCCCUGCCCUCCGACCAUCGGCCUCCGACCAACGGGAGUCGACCCCCUGCCCUCCGACCAACGGGAGUCGACCCCCUGCCCUCCGACCAUCGGCCUCCGACCAACGGGAGUCGACCCCCUGCCCUCCGACCAUCGGCCUCCGACCAACGGGAGUCGACCCCCUGCCCUCCGACCAACGGGAGUCGACCCCCUGCCCUCCGACCAUCGGCCUCCGACCAACGGGAGUCGACCCCCUGCCCUCCGACCAUCGGCCUCCGACCAACGGGAGUCGACCCCCUGCCCUCCGACCAACGGGAGUCGACCCCCUGCCCUCCGACCAACGGGAGUCGACCCCUGCAUCCGGACACAAAAGAACUGCUACCACCCUUCUUUGGAACUUUGUGCCUUCAAACAAAAUUCAUCAGUGAUACUUCUGAAGCUUGUUUUUGUUUCUUUUUGCUGCAGGACAGAGGGAACGUCGGCCGGAUGUGGGAGGCCGCGGAUCGAGCUGCUGUGUCUCUCUGGAGAAAGAAAAAAAUAAUAAUCUAACGGAACCAGGACAAAUGCAACUUCUGAUCAUUUUAACAUUUUUCUACAACUCGUGUCAGUGGUUUUACUUCGUAUCAGAAGAAAAUCCCUUUCUGUGCAAUAUCAGUCGAUAUAUUUACGUGGCGUUGUCGUGUGGACGUAGACUUUGGACAAACUUUUUGGUUUAUUUUUGUAACGAUGUUUUCCUGAUUUCUAUUUUUCUAGAACAAAAAGACAGAUGAGGGGAGAAUAAUAAUAACAUAUAACCAUCUGAAUACGUUAAAAGGAGCGAGGACGUUUGGUUGUUGCUCAAAAAGACGAUUUGUUCAAGUUCCGUUUCCUCAACACGAAUCCCGUCCUGCUCCAUCCGGGGCCCAAAGCCAUAGCCUGUCUCAGACGCACCAGGCACUUGAACACACCGCGCUCCCUGAACAACAGCAAGAUGCAUUCAGGGUCUCACCGUCUGGGACCGACGCCACGCUCGCUCCUCUCGUCAGCUCACUUCAGCUGUCGGACUCUUUUGUUCAGGGGCUUGAAUCUGAAGUAUUUCGUUUCUCUACCUUUGUGUGGCCUGUUCUUCUCGCUGUUAUUUUGUACUUCCUCCUACAUAUCAGUCAAGCAACUGUAAGUGACAUAAGUGCACGUCGGAGAGAAUGAAUGAAUGAAUGAAUGAAUGAACGAGUUGGUGCCAGAACGGGAGGUGAAAUACUGUAAAUUCUCAAAUAAACGACAGACGACAGGUGUCAGAAGAAAAAGUCAGGACCAAAUUAAAUGAUGUGGAAAAAAAUAGACAUAGCAACAAACCAAACAACACUUGGAUUUCUCAUUCUGUUUUGUGUAAAAUGAACAAACAGGAGUUUGCUCGCUAAUCUCACAUGUUUCUUGAAAAUAUUAUCUAAAUACAAUCUUUGAAAAACAUCUGGAAUCACUCAACAACACCUGCUGCUGUUUGAAGGUAUUUCAGAGCCUCUUCUUAUAAUAUGGAUGAAAAACAUAUAUCACAUCUGUUGCCCAAUUCAGAGCAAAUGAACCGAUCCAAACAAGGCGGUAGCUAUAGCAACUACAUAUCUCAGCUUUUAUGACAUGGAGCAAGAUCUUAAAGUUCUGUUGUAUUUCUAUAUUGAUGUUCAUUUCUUUAACUCUACAUUUUAAUACACAAUAAUAUUUUUAUUUAAUGAAUCAUCUCUCGUAUCGAGCAGAGACUUUAUUAUGGAUCAGCGGAACGAGUUGUUGAGCGACAGAGAAGUAAAGAGACACAUGAUCUUAAUAAUAUCGAGUCUCUGUUCAUAAUAAUACUUAUUUAUACAACAAACCGCGUUUAACCGCCGCGGGUCGGUUCGCGUCGCCAAAGUCAAUCGGAGUGAGACCUCCUGUUCCCGGAGGAUCCCGGAAGACGACGAGCGGCGAGUCGGUCCGGGAUCCGACCGACUGGACGUGCGACACCGGCAGGGGAAGGAACCGUCCCGCUCCCGGGUCCCGGUCCCGGUCCCGGUCCCGGUCCCAGGUCCCAGGUCCCAGGUCCCGGGUCCCGGGUCCCGCUCCCGCCUCUUCCUCGGACCGUCGCGAGGGUCCGCGCCAUAUUUUCUUUUUUCAAAUCAGCCAAUCAUCAGGCUUAGGAGAGGUCGACGUCAUGAGGGGGCGUGUCCUUGGAAAGGCAGCUCGGAGGUAUGUUUCCGCGACCAAGAGGGAGCUCGUUCAUUGGUUUGCUGUUUGCGCAUGCGUGUUGUCCAAGGCCUCGGACACUGUGCUGUUCACACUACGUGACUCUCCAGUCACAGAGAUCGAGUGGCCGACGUCUGGGAUCCGACUCAGGACAAUGAACUACGUUAAGAAUCAAACCAAUGUUUUUAGAUUUGGUGAAUUCAAUGUUAACUUCCUAUCCACUGUUAAUUGACCUCAGGGGAAACGUCAUGAGGUCUAAGGUGAAGAGGAGAACUGAUGGACUUAGGACAAGUCGACAGCUGCUCAGAGAAUCCGUCGUCAUGUGACGUCGUGGUGAAACGACACAUUUAGAAGAUGAACUACAAAAACCUCAGUGGCUCCAUCAGCAUGUUUCAGUGU